AUAUUUUAUACACCGGUACUUUAACUGGUCUAAAAGUAAACGGCAAGAACCUGAUUUUCUAGAAAACUCAAAAUAUAUUCUAAGUCCAUCGGUCGAUAGCCUGUUAAAGUCUAAGCAAUAUUGAGGUAAGCCCACUUUGUGCGGCUUUGCGAAAAUCCGAUUUUUCUCUUUUCGUUCUUGCUUGGAGAGCACGUGUUAAGCAACGCUUCUCGACGAUCAUCAGUUUCUUCUUGUUCUUUUGCUUGCUCUCGCGAACUGUGUGCUGUUAUUAAAUCGUCUUGUAAACGAGUGUCAGUCGUCUUUUUCAAAAUGCCUAAGCUAACACUACGACAAGCGCACUCAAGAGAAACUUGAAAGACGUUUUUGAAUAAAAGUGAUGAGGUCGAGAAAGAAGAAGAAGAUGAUUUUCUGGAGAAGAUGGACGUUGAUGAAAAUGAAGACGAUGAACAACUGGAUUUCAACGCCAGACUCUCGUCAAAUGAUUUGGCUGACUUAUUCGAACUUUGUCGAGCCAAAUGUCCGGUCAAAUAUCUGUCGGUUCUCGUUUACAUGAGUCUACGAAAUGAUUAUGGAGAUAUAUUUGAAUCAUUGAAUAAAUGGAAUGAAGUGGAUUUAAUUGAAGAUAAAAUUAAAUUAGAAGGUUAUGAACAACUUUAUUCACUUAUUAAAACAGAAAAUGGUUCAAUUUAUAAAAAUAAUGUUUUAUUUGAUGAAAAAAUCUUCAUUGAAAUAUUUGUAAAUCGAAUAUGGAAAAACGUGAAAAAUAUUCCAAUCAAAACAUUAAAAGAUUAUUUUAAUAGUUUUGGAAUAAUUCUAAAAACUUUAAAUACUGAUUCAGAAAUUUUAAUUUUAUUAGCUGAAUCUUAUCAAAACUUAAUUGGAAAAGAAAUGAAUAAAGAAUUAAUUGAACUAUUCGAUCAAUUCGAUUUAUUAAUGUAUGAAAAGUACCAAUAUUUAGCAUCGAAUGUUGAAACAGAUUUUGCAAACUUGAUGUUAAAUGUUAAACGUAAAAACCGUAUAUUAAAUAUAACUUUUAAAUAUUUAUCAAAUAGUUUAAAAGAAAAAAAUAUUGAAUCUAUUGGAUUCGAAAGAAAUGAAUUGAUUAAUACAAUAUUAGCAAUAAAAAAUACUUUUGAAACAAAUAAAUUACAAUUACAGGAUAUUGUCAAUUGCUGUGAACAAUUAAACAAAGUAUUAAUCCAAACAUCUUGCAUUGUCUUAAAAUAUUUAAAAAUCAAUUGA